AUGAGCAACAUCUUUUUUCCCCAAUUUUUAAAGCGAUUCCUUUCUUUGCCUCCAACCGAACGUAUUACAUACGCCCAGGGAUGUUUUCGUGAUCUGCAGGUUUUGCAGUCAAAGCGCCUGAAAGAUGCCCGUGACCCAACAUCCACAUUCUCUCUUUCCACCGCGCUCUCACCAAGCCUACAGGACAAAAACCGUUAUUCAGAUAUCAUACCCUUCAAUCAUACUCGCGUUGUGCUUGAUAGUAUAGCAAAUGAUUAUAUCAAUGCAAGCCACAUCACACCCCCCUAUAAUAUUCCUCGAUCCUAUAUUGCUGCUCAGGGCCCGGUGGAAGAAAGCAUCUCUGAUUUUUGGGUCAUGAUUUUAGAGCAACACAGUACAGUCAUUGUAUGUUUGACUCCAGAAAUUGAAGGCGGUCGCCAUAAAUGUGCGCGAUAUUGGCCAACGUGGGAGGAAGAUAGAAUACAAGUGUUCAAACUUGGCCGAUCCAAGAAGCUGGUGGUGGAAUGUGUGCAGCAAGAAGAAUAUCACAAUGAUGCAGAGUGUCACAUUCGUCGGAUUCAGGUUCAGCUAUUCGAAGACGAUACUUCAACGUCAACGUUGUCCGUCACACAAUUACAGUUCUUGGGAUGGCAGGAUCAUAGUGCCCUAGACUCCACCUCUAGUAUUCUGCAACUGAUUCAAUUAUCCAACCAUCUGCAAGCGCAGAAUGCCCAAAGCGGGCCGGUGACAGUUCACUGUAGUGCCGGAUGUGGAAGGACAGGAACCUUUUGCGUUAUCGAUUCAGCUCUUGCUUUAACCAACAUGAUGGAACAAGGCGUGCUCGCAGAUGAUGGACAGGAUUACAUUUUUGAACUUGCAGAUUCGUUUAGACGUCAACGAGUGACCAUGGUGCAAGCACCUUCUCAAUAUUACUUUUGUUAUUUAGCUCUAGCAGAUGCCCUGAUGUCGUAG